UCUCCACCAAAAGCUGGACGGUUGCUUUUCAGCGAUCUGCAUGUAGCAUAUCGCAUGCCCACGAUAUAGACCGGUUUUCUACCGACAGGCACACUGCUGCGCUCGUCUACGAUUUUGUUAAGCUAUGCACUGUUUUCAGAUAAUUGUGGCCUUAUGCGCUCUGUUCCUCGUUGCUGCCUUUUGGGACGACAGAGAUUACCACGACGAUUGGGACGAUGAUGCAGAGCAGCUGCCUGACGACUGGGAAAGUCGUAUCGAUCCUGACACCAUGCAAACUCAUCUGUCCAAUCUGGACCGUCGUAACGUUCUUGGUGAUGACAUCCUGUUUGCUGACGCAGGCAUUGGCUCUGGUGCAGGAAACUUCUCAGGAGCGAGAAACCUUACGUUAUGGAAAAAUGCGAAAGUUCCUUAUGAGAUCAACAGAGCAUUUGGCGCACAGGAUAGAUUCAUCAUUGAGCAGGCCAUGCGGAUAAUCGAACGCAAAACCUUUCAAUGUGUGACCUUCAAGCUGCGAGAGAAAGAGACGGAUUACAUUGAAUUUAAACCUGGGGACAACUGUUCGUCUUGCGUUGGCGUUUGCGACGGCAUGCAGCCCAUAUUUCUGGAUCGUGCACAAUGUAUGCAGCUAGGCACCGUUCAGCACGAGAUCCUGCAUGCCCUUGGCCUUUACCACGAGCACAGCCGCAGUGAUCGCAACAGUAGUGUGAUCGUCUACGACGACGAAAUACUGGACAGUCAUAAAGCCAAUUUCCGUGUUAUUCCGCAGAUGCCCACCUUUGGAACGGCCUACGAUCUGGACUCCAUAAUGCACUAUGGACCGUACGACUUUGCCCGCAGCAUCAACCGACCGACGAUGAUCCCCCGUGCCGACGGGGCCAACUAUCGCAUGGGCCAACGCAACGGACUAAGUGUCCGGGAUGUGGCGAAGCUGCGCAAUGCCUACAAAUGCCAGGUUGAGGAGCGAGAAGGGCGCAGCGAGCCUCUGUCGUUCCCGGGGUUCUCAGGGGAACCCAUGACACAGGAACAGUGCGGCCUGCAGUUCGGGCGACAUUGUUACGCGAGCCAAAGCACGCCAGCUAACUGCAGUGCCAUGCUUUCGCUGGAGAUCACGUGCGAUGAUGCGGUGAGCAUCAGCGAAGUGCAGCAAAUGACCGCGGCGAUGGCGGCGCCGCCACUGCGAUAUGUGCAGAUCACAGUAGUGGAACAUGUUGUGACCACCGAUGCGCUGUCGGCCGUGGCGCAGCAAACCGUUGCCCUAACGGCAAUGCGUUGUUACAUACGCGAUCCCACCGCCAAACUCCCGCUUUUUUCGUUUACCAAUCUCCUGUUGUAUCACUUAAUGCAGUGCAUAGAUAUCCGCAUCAAAAGAUCCGAUUUUCAGUUUCUGCCCAAGCUGAAAGCGGUACUGUUUACCAAUGUGACCAUCCUGUACUUAGAAGAAGGUACCUUUACAGCAUUACCAGAUUUGCAGAUAUUGGCCUGGCACAAAGACCUGCCACGGCACUUUGGGGUCCUUAGUGCAAGCAAUUCAUCAGUCGACAAAGACCAUGAUGAUCAGGAGCUGGGGAUGGCGCGACAAGCAUAUCUGCAACGUCUGCACUGUGAUUGCGAACUCGCCUGGCUGCGCAGAUGGCUGCAACACAAUACCAAGCUCCGACGUAGCGCUGCUCCAUAUGAACUUUUCUGGUUGUCCGAUGGUCUGACCAACAUAAAAGUCUCCGCGACCGAUGUCUAUAUACCAAUUAACUGCGCAGUGCAACCUUUUCCUUCCGACUUGACCAUGAUUAACCUCACUCAAACCGCGUUCUCUAUCAACGAGCCCCGCUGCGCGACGAAUGUCCAUAACCGCACCUACGAUAGCUUGAAGCUGCGACGCACUUUUUCCUCCGCCCCCCUCGAUCCCGUGCAGUGUCUAACGCAGUUCAGCAAAACCUGCCGAGCGGUCAUUGUUCCGUACGCGACCAUGGAUGCUAUUAGUGUAUUUCUCUUAACCUACUGUUUAAACCAGAAGGAUUUGACCGGUGCCCGACAGCAUCUACAGAUUAACUGCUGUGGUAACGAUACCACCAUCAGGGAGCUACAGGACAUGACCUUUGCCAUGGCCCGACCGCCGUUACGCCGUGUGGAUCUGCUUCUGACGGACGGGGACCAUAUCGUGUACCGAGCUUUUGCUCCCAUCAUCACUCAGGUCUUCAAUAUGCAUCUCUUCGACUGCAAGGAUCAGCGGCCCACAGCUAAACUGUCGCAGUUGGGAUUUGGCAGUUUGAUCCAGUUCACGCUAACCAACUGUCGGGAUCUGGUUGUGCGCGCCGCGGAUUUUGUGCGGGUUCCAAAUAUCCGUGUGAUGCUGUUCCUGUCGUCAACCGUCAGCGAUAUCACCCCGUCCAGCUUCAGCUCUCUGCCUGCAUUGCGGGUGCUGUCGGUGGAGUACAAACUGAACUAUGUACUGCCGGAUAUGGGCCCGCACUUUCGCCAAUAUCUGCAUAAACUGCACUGUGAUUGCCAGUUUGCACCUUUCCGAGACUGGCUACAAUCGCAGAUAAUCCAGUCUCUGGAGAUCUGGCAUGACGAUGUUAUUUAUGGUGAUACUAAUCGGACUUUGCAGGCACUGUGUUCCAGUGCAGUACCGCAAACCGGGCGGGUUAUUGUUCCUCUGGAUCUUGAUGAACGCUCGCACCACGUUGCAGGUCAAUAUCUCUGUCUGGACAAAGCAGAACUGUACCUGCCUUUUGACUGCUCCGCUAUCAAAGACCCCGACAUGCCUCUACCGAUAAAUUUCGACCAGCAUAAUUUCUCUGUCAACGUCCCGGCCUGUAACAAUAGCACAAUGCCUCGGUGUGCAUUGUUGGAUUCCGAUACCGCCAACUGCUUUUCCGGGAGUGAAGAGGAAGGGAAAAGGGGUUUUACAACAGCUCUUAAUCAGCCGAUUAUAAAAGAACGCAGAUCUGAACUAACGGCUUGGGCGGUUGACGCAGCUGGUCACGCCUACCUCUACGACGAUCAAGAUCUACAAAACGAUCCGGUCAUCCACCACCGUGGCUACCUUCCGGAGAGCCGAUUCUGGCCUAACCAAGGCAGAAAUAUCCCUUACAUAAUUAGCGAAGCUUUCGAUUACUCCGACAAAGCAGAAAUCGAGGAUGCGCUACAGUCCAUUGCAUCUUACACUUCGCAGUGUAUAACGUUCGCAACGCGUGAUAAGGAAACAGACUGGAUUGAGUUCCUGCCAGGACAAAGAUGCGAAUCAAAAGUUGGAAAGCAAGGUGGGCAGCAGAAUAUUCAGUUGUCGCCGGCGUGCAUUUUUCGAGGCGGCAUUCAGCAUUUAACCCUACAUGCCCUGGGGUUUUUUCACGAACAUCACCGGCCGGAUCGUAAUGCGUAUUUGCAAAUAUAUUACAAUCGAACAAACCUGCUGCCAGCAGAUGUCAUCCUUCGUAAAUUGCCGCGGAUGCCCACGUACGGCGUGGAGUACGACCUGGAGUCCAUUCUGCAUUACGGUGCCUUUGAUUUGACGGAUCGCCAGCAAGCUGAUCUGCCGGCAUUCCUUCCUAAAACCGGUUCCCAGGGCAAACGCGUAAAGAUGGGUCAGCGACGCACUUUAAGCGCUAAAGAUAUCGUUAAGCUCUAUACGGCUUACAACUGCACGGCUAACAGCGAUUCGCUGCUGGAACCAGUUCCCAAUUUUAUACGGAGUCCUAUGUCUGCGCACGUGUGUGAGACACUGGCUUACGCAAAAUGCGGAGAACCAUUAACCGUCGACUGCAGCACAUCCAAAACCAUAAGGCUUUUGUGCAACGCUAGCACAAGCGCACGGGAUUGGCAGGACACCGCAGCGACCGUAGCCAGGCUUCCCUUGCAUGCGGUCUCAUUAUAUUUGUUUGACAAUAUGGCGUUGUAUGAUGCACCGGACGCUUUCCGUCUCAUUCGCCGACAAAUUCUUCUUAUGCAUUUUAUUUUCUGCAAAGACUGCUAUUCCACAUCCGUGUUCUCACUGUUGGGUUUCGUUAACCUGGCGAAAUUAGAGCUAGAGCUGUGCUACGGGCUGAUUAUCAAGAAGGCUGAUUUUCACGGACUGAACCGACUGCAAAUUUUAAUCUUUAACACCAGCACGAUCAGCAGUCUUGAACUGGGCACCUUUACCAAUUUACCAGCUUUGGAAGUACUAAGUCUGGAGAGCAACAUCUUCGACAGAAGCCCACGCAUGUUCUUCAAUAACGAUAGUCGCGUGGCGUUUGGACUGCGGAUGGACUAUCUGCACCAGCUGCACUGCAGCUGCAGGUUUGCGCAGUUUCGUCAAUGGCGGAACAAUAACCGGGUCCUGCGACAAGAAGUUCAUAGAGGGGGGCUACACUAUCUCGAUGGUAUCAUGGUCAAUGACGAAUAUACCAGGAAGGAUUUGUACUAUCCUGUGGACUGCAGCGCCGAGUCGUUUCCAAUAACGGAGGCGGCGGUUAACAUUUAUCAACUGGAAUAUUCUAUCAACGAGCCGCAAUGUAAUACCGACGCCGAUGACGUCACAACUGAGGAGGCGUGCAUUAUCCAGAUAGAAGGCAUUGGGUCUAUCGAAAAGUUAGUCAAAUGCGACGCAGGAAAUUGUAGCUAUCACCUACCGACAAAUAUAAGUGAAUUUGCACCCCAUAUCAAACAUGCCAUACAAGCGGCAGCAGCCAGCAACAUGCACAACGCGACACCAAUUCACCAUGCUAUGUCACCUUACGCGGCGGAUUAUAAUCUCUUUCCAGAUCGUCUGUCCACACCACCUUUGCCACGAAAUGACAAUGAUCAAACGAGAUUAUCCCCGCCUACUAAUCCACCACACUGGCUGUAUGGCUGCAUUGCGGCACUGGCUGGUGUCGGUAUCUUAUUCGGGAUGGUCUACGCCGCGCGUCGGCGUAUUUUCAGCUGCUGGCAACGACAUGGGAGAGUCCGUCCUCUGGAGCACGACCAUCGCGCGGUGUCGCUGUUUGGCAAUGAGCAGAGUCCGUCUCAUUCAUUGCAAUCCAUUGCGUUAAUUAGUCAUAACCACCGCGACGCACAGGAGGGAUUGGAAUCGGCAUCGAACAUGUCGGAGUCGACUGUAAUGUUGGCUGUCGAAAUGAGCAGCGACGAUACGCCAGAAGACUGCCGUUCGUUUUAGUCGCGUAAAAGACAUCCUGAUUUGAUAGAUGGUACCCUCAUGAGCAUGUAACUUGUAGCAUGAUUGAAUGGACAGCCGGCUUCAUGCAUGCAUUUUACGUUUUUCGAGUUUCGGCAUAAUUUGCUGGGAUGUUCAUACAAGCUUGUGCAGAAAAUGGAAGUUUGUAAUGGUCGGUAUGGUCGGGCACUGCACAUUCCAGCAUGGCGGUAGAUGUGGUCCAAUAAAUUUCUGCCCAACCAGUUUUACUAAUCGUGGUUGCCGUCGUGAAUACAUUCCGGGGCAGGAGAAGAAAAUUAUUGUUAUUGGUCUUAA